AUGAAUUCCGACUCGUCGACAUCCGGUUCAUACCAGGGCCGUCCAGCAGACCUGGAUGAGUCAAAUUUCAUACGACGCAAUCGGACACUGCACUGGGCUCGUCUAGGCUUGUCCUUUGUCAUCUUAAUCGCCUCUGUGGCUAUCAUUGCCUGCGAAGCUGUACCGCUACGCCAUUACAAGGUCACAGCCGCAUGGGCUGAUGCCGGUCUUGCCUUGUGGCCACUGAACUUGGAUACUCGGCCCACGAAAGCCGCAUUAGCCUGCGGUUGUGUGAUCGCGGUUCUGAACCUGGCCUACAUCGCUACCGCACUUCUCCCAUCCCCCCAUUCGCGAAUCAAAACGCUUAAUACAUUUUCCUCCGCCUCGGCAGUUGCAGGGUUUAUCACUGCCCUAACCGGGGUUCUGUUCACGCUCUACCCUCCUUCAUCGACGUACCCGGUCGGCUUCAGCGAAAACGAAACGCUGCAUUCCUGGACCUGUAAAUGGGGGUCAUCUCACAACGACAUUGCGACCCCUAUUCAUUUCGCUCGGGACUGUGCCGAGAUGCGGACCGGUUUCGUCCUUCUCGGCGUUCUGGUCGGGUUGGAAUUUAUCAUGGGCCUCGUGGCAACUGUUGGAUCCUGGAUGCAGCGCGGUGUGGCCCGCCAGCGCGCAGAUGAGCAGCAUCAGCUGGAGAAGUUGGAGUUUUCCACAAAGCAGUGA